CUCUUAAUAUUCUUGUCAAAUGACUGCUGAUUUUUCUAUUUAUGCUGUUUAAAAAAAAAAAAAGUUUUUUUGUUAAAUUACAUUGUUAGAAUUUUCCGCAGGCUGGUAAGAAAACAGACGCAGGCCUCAAAUGUCCCCCGGGCCGCAUUUUGGACACCCCUGUUUUAACAGAACAUGAGCUUAUUGACUUGUUUGAUUUCAUGCACCUGUAGACGCGUGUGAGUGCGCUUUUGUAACACCUAUGAGUUAUGAUGUUUCCUGUGUUUCACGUAAGAUAACAUACACGUCAUUGUACAUCUAAUAUCUCACUGUAUAGACGAGCAGAUGCGUUAUAAUGCACUAUCAAGUCAUUUGUGGCAGGUGCAUAUAAGUUGUGUAAGAAGCAGAGUUACAAUGCCAUCUACUGGUCGGAGUUGUAACAGCAAGCUGUAUUCACAGACCGUCCCAUCAUAAUGUGUUUUUAAGUGAGAGUGAACAGGUCGCGCCAAAUCGGUCUGUGGCACUCCAAAUUUAUUUGUGGCAGGCCGCCAGAAACACUGAUUCCCAGUAACUUUGCCAGACUGAUUUCGGUCUGCCAGGAGUAAUGAAAAAUGGUACGGUCUUCAUUUUGUUCCUAAUUCCUGCUCCCCUUUCCUGAAAUGCAGAGAAGACAGGUUGUAGCGUUACCAUAGUGACAUCACAUAAUGAUAUAUCAUGUAUAGGAUUAAUAAUGUAUGACAUAGGAUUCAAAUCUUUCACUGUUCAUGCAUGAAGAAUAAACAAAAUGUUAAUUGAAGUAUUUGUGGUACAAGUGCACGCCUUUUCCUCCCCUUUUUGUGUUCUAAUCAUUAGAUGCUGGCCUGCACAUGUCGCCAUGGCAACUGUGUGUGUGUGUGUGUGUGUGUGUGUGUGUGUGUGUGUGUGUCGCUGUCUGGUCUGUGCUCCUCUUGGCCUCCCCCUCAUCUCAUUUCAUCUCAUCUCUCUCAUGUCUUUACCCACAAACCCCAAAUCUGACAAAAUCACAAACAUGCUAAUCUUUGAUUGUUUCACUCAUGGAAGAAAGCCUUUAUUAAAUGUACUCGUUGACCUCUAGUAUCGUUUACAAACCCACUGUACCACCACCACCACCACCACCAGUAUUCCCUCACAUUCAUUUAUUUCUGGUGGCCCAACAUGAAUACAUUUGAACCGCCACAAAUAGAUUGGGCACGACCUGUUGGCCCUCGCUCAUCAACACAUCAUAAUGGGACUGUCUGUCAAGGCAGCUUGUACUCCGUGCAGUAGAUGGCAUCGUAACUCUGCUUCUUAACACACCCCUUACAUGCCUGCUCAGCCAGAGAAUAAGAAGGCGUAGCAGGAGGGAUCAGCAAUUUUGUCGCUAUAUUUAGCAAGUAUUCAGACCCCUCCGGAUUGUCUUUUAAAAAAUAAGUGACGAGAGAUGAAUCUUUUUCUGGUCUUAUUGGACACUUCUGGAGACUGCCACGAUAAUAAAUCAGUUAAGCACACAAUAAAAAUUUAUUUGCAUGCAUGUUUGUUUUCCUCCUCUCUCUCUACCCAACAGGCUGGAUGACACUCUGUGCAUCGGCCUCAACACCUGGGCGUGUUGGUUCUGUAGCAGAAUGAACGGAGUGAGUGAACCCUCUUGUCAGUCAUUGACGCUCUUUGUCCCAGUGGGGAGAGGCAUGGCGCUAGCGAGUGCGCACACACAGUGCUGCUGCAGCACACUCUGUGUGCACUACUUGGUGGCUGCGUUUGUCGUGUGCUACACAAUCGAAUGCUUUCUUGGUGCCUGUUGUACAGUAUAUAAAACACGAUCUGACGGCGCACCGUCAUUUUGUGACAUGAAAAAGUUUGUGACAAAGACAAAUAAAAUAAAUCAUACAAAACGGUGGAACUUACAUUUUAUUGAUUCCUGAAGUUUCACACCUCAUUGUGCACCAAACGCAUUUUGCUGCAUCCAAAACGCGUAUUUGAACAAACUCCAACAAAACAUUACACCCCAUUAAACGUAAUGUUGCUAAGAGUCAAUCAAGGAAUGAGCUGACGUCUGCAUUGACACGCAAAGUGAAGCAAUAAACUUGAAGACUAUUUAACAUUGUAGACUAAGUCCCCUACUAACGAACAUCCGGCGUGCAAAUUUUCGGAGAUACGAACACAAGCCAACUAGUCUAUGUUUUCAUGUGUUUUCAAGUCCAUAUUUAUACUGCUACAUGCUUGACCAGCCAGUCCAUAUUUAUACUGCUACAUGCUUGACCAGCAGAGGGCACUGUGACACUGCUAAUGGGACCAACAGCAGGAGAACAAGAGGAGGAGGAGGGGAGGAGAGAGAAAGCUACAUUGUAGCUGUAUGAUACAACCCGGACAGAGCGUGUGAUUAAAGUUUAUGAAGAGUUAAUAGGCCUGCUUAAUUCUACACCACCCACAAAACACUACCUCUUUUAGAAGAGUCUAACGACGACGACCAUUUGUCCUUUUUUUUCAAUAACUCCUCCUCCUCUACCAACCUCGUAUGCUCGACCACUCCUCUUCAAAGGUAAAUAACAUUUAUCAUUAUAUAUUAUUAUAUUAUUGUUUUUUUCAUUAAUUAUCCUGGUUUAAUAUUACUACUACAUCCAAACUCAUAUUUACAUAAAUACACAUAUACUGUAUAUGUAUACACGUACAUGUAGUACCUAUAUCAUUGGUAAUAUUACCUUUUCCCCUACUUAAGAACAAUUCGACAUAAGAACGGUCGUCUGGAACCAAUUGUGUUCGUUAGUUUUGGGACUAGGCUUUUAAAUAAAGUAAAUCAAACAAACGCGAAAACAUGAAGUACUUUUGAUACGGUGUACUUGCAUUAUUAUGCCAUAUGUUAUCAUUACAUUCAUUUAAAAAUUGUCUCAAAAUAAUGUUGACCAUAAUAUUGUUUGUUAUUGUGACAGAUCUAGUCUGACAUGAAAGGAUGUGUUGCUCUUCUCAACGAGCAGCGUGUCCUGCAGUGCCGAACAGAAGAAAUAAAUCUUUUCCUUAUUUGAAGUAAUAUAUUUCAGAUUUCAGUAUAAAUAUUACUUGUGAUAAGUGGCUAAAAACAUCUUUUUAGCAGUCCUGGCCUUACUUUCAUUGAAUGAACCCUGCUUUUAUUUCCACUUUUUGAAAACAAUUCAGACCAACAAAUGUCCCCAAUCCUCAGCAUGGAGGGUGUGGCUUUCUUCCCCAACCUCCUCGCCACCCUCAUAGUUACCCCUCUUCUGAUCAGCGCUCCAUCACUCUUUGUUCUGUUGUGUCUGCUUAUUGGAUGAGUGGUGCAAAAAUGUGCGUGCAGAGGGUGUUUGUUUGUGUUGUCAAUGCUAAUCAGUUUAGCUUAGCCGCUCUUUCAUGUACACACUUGUUAUUAUUCCCUCUGUGUGCGUUUGUGUGUGAGUGAGUGAGAUACACUCUACUCUGCCUUUUACCCUCAACACACACACACACACAAAAUCCCAGCCCUGCCUCCGCACUGGCUGCAACAGCAUGAUGUCACCUCUCAUCGGAUUGGUCGGGGAGACGCUGUUAGAGAGGAAGGCAGAGGCAGAGGGAGGGGACUGGAGCUCCGGAGAGGAGAGAAAGAAAAUGCCGGCACACGCGCGGGCGGAGGGCUUUUUUCGGGGAAAGGCGAUGUUAGCCCCCACGGUGAGGCGUUUGUGAGGCAACGUCCAUGCGUGGCAGCCUGGAGGAGAGUGGGCGCCCCACCGGCACACCCUCCCCGAAGCAUGAGGCGCCUUAUCUGCCAGCGCAUCUGUGACUAUCGUAGUUUCGAUGACGACGACAGUGUGGAUGGCAAUCGCUCCACCUCGGCAUUCAAGGUCCCCAAAGUUCCCAAGAAGCCCGUGGAGUCAUCGUCAGCGCGAAGGCCCAGCGCAACCGGCGGAAAGCUAGGGUCCAAGGAAAGUGCGGGAGCCGUGGAUGAAGACGACUUUGUCAAAGCCUUCACGGACGUCCCCACUGUCCAGAUCUACUCGUCGAGGGAUCUCGAGGACAACCUGAACAAGAUCAGGGAGAUCUGCUCCGAUGACAAACAUGACUGGGACCAGCGAGCCAAUGCCUUGAAGAAGAUCCGCUCCCUGCUGGUGGCUGGCGCCGCCACCUACGACUGCUUCUACCAGCACCUUCGCCUCCUGGAUGGAGCCUUCAAGCUUUCCGCGAAAGACCUGCGGUCCCAAGUGGUCAGAGAGGCCUGCAUCACCGUGGCCCAUCUUUCUUCUGUGUUGGGGAACAAGUUUGACCACGGGGCCGAAGCCAUCGUGCCCGUUCUCUUCAACCUCAUCCCCAACUGUGCCAAAGUCAUGGCCACCUCUGGUGUGUCUGCUAUCCGCAUCAUCAUACGGCACACGCACGUCCCGCGACUCAUCCCCUUGAUAACCAGUAACUGUACCUCCAAGUCUGUGGCUGUCAGAAGGCGCUGUUAUGACUUCUUGGACCUCCUACUACAGGAGUGGCAGACCCAUUCUCUGGAGAGGCACACAGCAGUUUUGGUGGACAGCAUCAAGAAGGGGAUUCGAGAUGCAGACUCUGAGGCGAGAGUGGAAGCACGCAAAGCUUACUGGGGCUUGAGGAACCACUUUCCCGCUGAGGCAGAUGCCCUGUACAACUCCCUGGAGUCGUCCUACCAGAGGACGCUUCAGUCCUGCCUGAAAAGCUCGGGCAGCGUGGCCUCGCUUCCUCAGAGCGACCGGUCGUCGUCGUCCUCGCAGGAGAGCCUCAAUCGGCCUCUGUCGUCAAAGUGGUCAGCAGCUCCGGGUCGAGUCCUCACGGGUUCAAAGGGCGGGGCGCCGUCCGCCUCCCUGCAGCGUUCCCGUAGCGACGUGGACGUAAACGCCGCCGCGGUCGCUAAGCAGCGGCACGUCGGGCAGGCCAAGGGAACGGCUCGCAUGCCCCCUGGGUCCUACUCCUCACUGGAUGAUGCCUCUGAUAAAACGGAUGGCCGCGUGCGCACCAAGCAGCCCCUGUCGACCCCCAGCAGCAUGUCCAACCAGGUAGAUUCCAGAGGGCGGAGUCGCACCAAGAUGGUCUCCCAGUCACAACCGGGCAGUCGCAGCGGCUCACCCGGCCGUGUGCUGACCACCACGACACUGAGCACCAUGAGCUCCGGGGCCCACCGGGUGCUGGCGGGGACCACCGGGGACGGCCGCAGGCGGAGCCGCAUUCCUCGCAGCCAGGGCUGCUCCAGAGACUCUUCGCCCACUCGUCUGUCUGUCGCUCGGGGCAGUCGUAUUCCUCGACCCAGUAUGAGUCAGGGCUGCAGCCGCGAGGCCAGCAGGGAAAGCAGCCGGGACACCAGCCCCGUACGCUCCUUCGCACCCCUUGCCACACGGAGCUACUCUCGCUCCACUGGAGCUCUCCACACACCUGACGCUUUUGGGGCUGCAGGGUCAGCUUUUGGUAUCGGUCAGUCCAGCCGCCUGUCGUCCUCCGUCAGCGCCAUGAGGGUUCUCAACACCGGAUCGGAUGUAGAAGAGGCUCUCGCAGAUGCACUGCUCUUGGGAGACAUGCGAUCUAAGAAGAAGCCAGCACGGCGGCGGUACGAAAACUAUAGUAUGUACUCAGAUGACGACGCCAACAGCGACGCCUCCAGCGCCUGCUCAGAAAGAUCCUACAGCUCUCGUAACGGGGGAUCCAUCCCGACCUACAUGCGGCAGACGGAAGAUGUGGCGGAGGUGCUGAAUCGCUGUGCCAGCGCCAACUGGUCUGAGAGGAAGGAGGGCCUGUUGGGCCUCCAGGCCUUGUUGAAGAACCAGCGCACCCUCAGCCGCGUGGAGCUGAAGAGGCUGUGCGAGAUCUUCACUCGAAUGUUUGCAGACCCGCACAGCAAGGUGUUCAGUAUGUUCCUGGAGACGCUGGUGGAUUUCAUCCAGGUCCACAAGGACGACCUGCAGGACUGGUUGUUUGUCCUGCUCACACAGUUACUUAAGAAGAUGGGAGCAGACCUGCUGGGCUCCGUGCAGGCCAAAGUUCAGAAAGCGCUGGACGUUACACGCGAGUCCUUCCCCAAUGACCUGCAGUUCACCAUCCUCAUGAGGUUUACCGUGGACCAAACGCAGACUCCCAACCUUAAGGUGAAGGUGGCUAUCCUGAGGUACAUCGAGACGCUGACGCUGCAGAUGGAAGCUCCCGACUUUGUCAACUCCAGCGAGACUCGGCUGGCCGUCUCCCGCAUCAUCACCUGGACGACCGAACCCAAGAGCUCGGAUGUCAGAAAGGCGGCCCAAUCGGUGCUGAUUGCCCUCUUCCAGCUCAACACCCCCGAGUUCACCAUGCUGCUGGCGGCUCUGCCCAAAACCUUCCAGGAUGGAGCCACCAAGCUGCUUCAGAACCACCUGAAGAACACAGGCAACGCUGCACAGGCAUCUAUGGGCAGCCCUUUGGCACGCCAUACCCCGCGCUCUCCAGCCAGCUGGCCAAGCCCGGUUACCUCCCCCACCAACACCUCGCAGAACACCCCCUCACCAAGUGCAUUCGACUACGACACAGAGAACAUGAACUCUGAGGACAUCUACAGCUCGCUAAAAGGCGUCACCGAGGCCAUUCAGAACUUUAGCGUCCGCAGUCAAGAGGACAUGAACGACCCGCUUCAGCGGCGCGAUGGCGACGAGGGGGGCAGCGGCGUGGAUGGCAGAGCGCCGGAAUCGAUGGACGGCGGCCGCAUGGCCCUGGACAACAAGACAUCCCUCCUCAACACACCCCUGCUGUCCUCCAGUCCAUUGGGAGCUCGCAGGCUCCUGAUGGACUCUCCGUUCAAACACAGCCGCAAAGACAGCAGCCUGGAAGACUCGGAGCAGCUCAUGGAUGACAGCGGCCUGGACCAGUCGGAACUGAUGGCCGAGCUGCUGAAGGAGCUGUCCAAUCACAAUGAGCGCAUCGAGGAGCGGAAAGCGGCGCUGAGCGAACUGCUCAAGCUGAUCCACGAAAACACCCUGCAGGUGUGGGACGAGCAUUUCAAGACCAUUCUGCUGCUGCUGCUGGAGACCAUGGGCGACAGAGAGCACGUCAUCCGGACCCUGGCUCUACGGGUUUUGCGGGAGAUCCUAAGCAAGCAGCCCUGGAGGUUCAAGAACUACGCCGAGCUGACCAUCAUGAAAGCCCUGGAAGCACACAAAGAUCCCCACAAGGAGGUGGUACGAGCGGCAGAGGAGACGGCGGCCAUGUUGGCGCUGUCCAUCAGCCCUGACCAGUGCAUCAAAGUUUUGUGUCCCAUCAUCCAGUCUGCAGACUACCCCAUCAACCUGGCUGCCAUCAAGAUGCAGACCAAGGUGGUGGAGCGGAUUCCUCGCGACAGCCUCGCAGGACUGCUGCCUGAAAUAGUGCCGGGGCUCAUACAGGGUUACGACAACUCUGAGAGUAGCGUGAGGAAAGCAUGCGUCUUCUGCUUGGUGGCCAUCUAUGCCGUGAUCGGAGAGGACCUCAAGCCGCACCUCAGCCAGCUCUCUAGCAGCAAGCUGAAGCUGCUGAACCUCUACAUCAAGCGUGCCCAGUCGGGCUCCAGCGGCAGCGAGCCGGCAUCUGAGGGCCUAUAGGGGAAAUGGCGCCCUCUUGUGGGUGGAGGGGUGCGACCGCGGAACUGCAACGCUGCCUGUUUUGCAAACAUCAGCUCACUCACACACACACACAUACAUGCACACACGCCAAGAACAAAAACAUAUCCACACACUUGUGGACUUGAGUCUGGACUUGAGAGUGACACAUUCAACACACAACCCCCCACCCCUCGCUGCAAGAUGGGAUACAUCCUCCACCUCUUCACCUGUUGUCACUCACGGAUUAUGAAGAUAAAGAAAUGGCCGUCCUCUCUGCCCCCACCCCCCUCUAAGGUUGUUUGCGUCUUGCCCACCCCCUCCUUGUUGACGAGUAGCUAACUGGAUUUCAUUUCGGCGAGUUUUCUUUAUUUCCACAUGAACGUCCCACCCCCACAAAAAAGUGGGUGUAGCCUUCUUUCCGGUACAGAGGCUGAUUUGUUCUUGGUGAUGCAUGACACUUUUUUUUAAUUUUUAUUUUAUUGGAGUCGUGUCACCAGUCGUAAGAACGUGACUGCGCUUUUACAUUUAAGUCAGGAAAAUUGUCCACCUCUUUCAGGAACAAACCCCACCCUCCUCAAAUAAUUAUUACAAUACAUGGUAUUAAAAUGGAGCAAGUCCUCCUGGGGGUGCCCAUCCUUGCUUUUAUUUGUCUCUCUCCACCCUUUCCCCCCAGUCGAGAAAUAGUUUAUUCUUUUACAGCUCUGGAAACAAAUAUGUCCCCCGCUCUCUACUACUUCUACUACUAGUACUCUACUACUACUACUACUACUACUACUACUACUCGCUUGUGUCUUUUAUUUCCUUCAUGUAACAUUCUAGUUUUCACUGUUGUGUUCUCCCCACCCCCCCUCAUGUGUAUUUACAGAAUGUGCUUACAAUAAAGAACUUGUACAGAUCAUA